GCCGCCAGCGAGCUUCAGCAGCGCCAUGCUAAUGUGUGCAAACCAGGAUGAAGGGGAAACAUAGUAUCAUGGUGAUCCUGCUGAACUGCGUCACUCUGGGGAUGUACCAGCCCUGCGAGAACAUCGACUGCACCUCAGAGCGCUGUCAGAUUCUACAGGCAUUCGAUGCAUUUAUCUAUAUUUUCUUUGCACUGGAGAUGGUGGUGAAGAUGGUGGCUCUGGGGAUCUUUGGCCAUCGCUGUUAUCUUGGCGAUACUUGGAACAGACUGGACUUUUUCAUUGUCAUGGCAGGGAUUGUUGAAUACUCCCUUGAUCUCCAGAACAUCAAUUUCUCCGCCAUCAGAACAGUGCGUGUACUCAGACCUCUCAAAGCCAUCAACAGAGUACCCAGUAUGCGUAUCCUGGUGAACCUACUGCUGGACACUCUGCCCAUGCUGGGAAAUGUGCUUCUGCUCUGUUUCUUUGUCUUCUUCAUUUUUGGCAUAAUUGGCGUGCAGCUAUGGGCUGGACUAUUAAGAAAUCGCUGUUACCCAGAGGAGAACUUCACCCUCACAUCUGGCAUCACCCUCCCCACCCCAUAUUAUCAGCCUGAGGAGGAUGACGAGCGGCCCUUCAUCUGCUCUCUGGCUCAGGAUAACGGCAUCAUGUCCUGCAGCGACGUCCCUGCUCGGAGAGAAGGUGGACGGGAGUGCUGUCUAGAUAAAGAGGAUGCACUGCACCGUCAGACCCUGGGCCUGAGCGCGGAGCCACUGGUCAAUGGCAGUGCCUCCACCGUGGGGCUCUGUGUGAACUGGAACCAGUACUACACCCGCUGUCACACAGGACACACCAACCCACACAAAGGAGCGAUCAACUUUGACAACAUAGGUUACGCAUGGAUCGUCAUAUUUCAGGUGAUCACGCUGGAGGGUUGGGUGGAGAUCAUGUACUACGUCAUGGAUGCUCAUUCCUUCUACAACUUCAUCUACUUCAUAUUCCUCAUUAUCAUUGGAUCUUUCUUCAUGAUUAAUCUGUGCCUGGUGGUCAUUGCCACUCAGUUUUCGGAGACCAAACAGCGAGAGCACCAGCUGAUGCAAGAGCAACGUGCUCGCUACCUGUCCUCCAGCACGCUGGCUUCGCUCGCUGAGCCCGGAGACUGUUACGAGGAGCUCUUCCAGCUGGUCUGCCACAUCCUGCGCAAGGCCCGCCGCCGCUCAGCCGCCCUUUACUACAUGCUCCGUGGCAAAGCCCCUCCCCCUGGGGGAGGGAGGUGGCGUGGCAAAGGAGGGGCAGGAUCGACAGGGGGAGGGGCUAAUGUGAAUGGCAGCGAAAGACACCACUGCCAUUCUACUCAGAUCCCUCAUUGUAUUCAUGAUACCAAGUUGGACCAGAGCUCCCAAUCUCUGGAGAACGCCAUCUCCCUCUCCGUCACCCCAAAAACAGAGGAGUGUCUACAGUGUGCUGCAGCCCCGUCACUCAAGGAGGGGCUGAGACUGAUGGGGCACUCGGCCAAUGGGGAGGAAGAGGAGGUUGCGCUGGAGGAGAACGACAGAGAUGAGAACCGAUUGGAUGAGAAGGGGGACAAUGACUCUGAGGACAUGCCGAAGAGGAAACGCACCUGUUUAGGGAAAUGUAAAGAUAUUUGGGAUAAAAUGAGCGCGAGGCUUUGGGGUAUAGUUGAAAGCAAGUACUUCAACAGAGGGAUUAUGAUCGCCAUCCUCAUCAAUACGAUCAGCAUGGGCAUUGAGCACCAUAACCAGGCUAUUGUUGUAUGUGAGAUCAUUGGGCAGUCUGACGGGGGUCUGUCCGUCCUGAGGACGUUCAGACUGUUGAGGGUCAUAAAGCUGGUGCGGUUCAUGCCAGCUCUGCGCAGACAACUGGUGGUCCUGAUGAAGACCAUGGACAAUGUGGCCACCUUCUGUAUGUUACUAAUGCUCUUUAUCUUCAUAUUCAGUAUUCUGGGAAUGCACAUAUUUGGCUGCAAGUUCAGCCUGAAGACAGAGGCUGGGGACACAGUACCUGACAGGAAAAACUUUGACUCCCUGCUUUGGGCCAUUGUCACAGUGUUUCAGAUUCUAACUCAAGAGGACUGGAACAUGGUUUUGUAUAACGGCAUGGCCUCUACCUCCCCCCUGGCGGCCCUGUAUUUUGUCGCGCUCAUGACUUUUGGGAACUACGUUCUGUUCAAUCUGCUUGUGGCUAUCUUAGUCGAAGGAUUUCAGGCUGAGGGUGAUGCUAACCGUUCCUGCUCUGAUGACGACAGAUCCUCUUGUAACUUAGAAGAAACUGAGAAAAAGGACUCACUCCAGCUGUCCGAUCCCAAGAUUUCCACUUUGACCCCUAAUGGGCAUCUGGAUUUGGCACCUGCACCCAAUGCCAGGGGCCUGUACCCAUCUGAAAGGCUGAGCUUUGCCCUGAGUUCCCGUAAGAGCAGCAUGAGCUCUUUGAGCAGGGCUAGCCUGGAGCAGACGACGCUGUGUCCAGGGCGAGCCUCUAUGUACCACAACUGGGGACAGCCUGCACGACCAGGAAUAUGGAGUCGCAGGUCAAGCUGGAACAGCUUAAGUCGAUCUUCUAGAUGCCUGGGAAUGGGGGGCGGAGGCAGUUUAAGGGUCUGUAGCCCUCACUCUCGUCCUGUUGAGCAGGAGUCCCUGCUGUCUCCUCCGCCCCCUCCUCUGCACCCGCCUCUGCUCUCUAGACACUUCAUCCCGCGCAGAGAACGGCGGGCUCUCUCUUUGGAGCUUCCUGAGCUGCUGCAGGUGCCUGGACCGGCCCUGCCUCCUCUGGAGGCACGGCAAUGCAAGAAGAGCUUCUCUGGGGGUCUGGGAAGUGUUGGAGAGCACCAGGACUGUAAUGGGAAGACACCAUCAGUCCAACCACAAAUCAUCAAUGAAGUCUACCCUCAGGUCAAUGCACGCAAGGACAGGGAGGAUCUGGACGAUGAGCUGGACUAUAGUCUAUGUUUCCGGAUGCAGAAGAUGAUAGAGGUGUACAGACCAGACUGGUGUGAGACCAGGGAAGACUGGUCCGUCUUCCUCUUCUCUCCCCAAAACAAGUUCAGGAUGUUGUGCCAGUCCAUUAUAGCCCAUAAGUUGUUUGACUAUGUGGUGCUGGCCUUCAUCUUCUCAAACUGCAUCACUGUGGCUCUGGAGAGACCCAAGAUCCUUCAGGGUAGCCUGGAGAGGCUUUUCCUCACCGUGUCCAAUUACAUUUUCACAGCCAUAUUUGUGGGGGAGAUGACACUCAAGGUGGUGUCUAUGGGUUUGUAUAUUGGAGAGCAGGCGUACUUGCGCAGCAGUUGGAACGUUUUGGAUGGUUUCCUGGUGUUUGUGUCUUUGAUUGACAUUGUUGUGUCAAUGGCGGGCGGGGCUAAGAUACUGGGUGUGCUCAGGGUUCUUAGGCUUCUGCGCACACUGCGCCCCCUCAGGGUUAUCAGUCGAGCUCCUGGCCUCAAACUGGUUGUGGAGACUUUGAUCACCUCUCUAAAGCCUAUAGGAAACAUUGUUCUCAUCUGCUGUGCCUUUUUCAUCAUCUUUGGCAUCCUGGGAGUCCAGCUUUUCAAAGGCAAGUUCUACUACUGCUUGGGCCUGGAUGUCAAAAACAUCACCAACAAGUCUGACUGCCUCUUGGCCAAUUAUAAGUGGGUCCAUCACAAGUACAACUUUGACAACUUGGGGCAGGCCCUGAUGUCCCUGUUUGUGCUGGCAUCGAAGGACGGCUGGGUCAACAUUAUGUAUCAUGGUCUGGACGCAGUGGCAGUGGACCAGCAGCCCAUAACCAAUAACAACCCCUGGAUGCUGCUGUACUUCAUCUCCUUCCUCCUGAUCGUCAGUUUCUUCGUGCUGAACAUGUUUGUUGGAGUGGUGGUGGAGAACUUCCACAAGUGCCGACAGCACCAGGAGGUGGAGGAGGCCAAGAGGAGGGAGGAGAAGAGACUGAGACGCAUGGAGAAAAAGAGACGGAAGGCCCAGAAGUUGCCCUACUAUGCCAGUUACAGUCAUGUGCGAUUGAUGAUCCACACCCUGUGCACCAGUCACUACCUGGACAUCUUCAUCACCUUCAUCAUCUGUGUAAACGUUGUGACUAUGUCACUGGAGCACUACAGCCAGCCUCGUUCUCUGGAGAUCACACUCAAGUACUGUAAUUAUUUCUUCACCAGCACCUUUGUGCUGGAGGCUGUCCUGAAGCUCAUCGCGUUUGGCUUCCGACGUUUCUUCAAAGACAGGUGGAACCAGCUGGAUUUGGCUAUAGUGCUGCUGUCAGUCAUGGGCAUCAUAUUGGAGGAGAUUGAGAUCAGUGCAUCUCUGCCCAUCAACCCCACCAUCAUACGUAUCAUGAGGGUCCUACGCAUUGCACGUGUGCUAAAGCUGUUAAAGAUGGCCACGGGAAUGAGAGCGCUGCUGGAUACGGUAGUUCAAGCCCUGCCACAGGUGGGGAAUCUUGGCCUCCUCUUCAUGCUGCUGUUCUUCAUUUAUGCUGCACUGGGGGUGGAAUUGUUUGGAGAGCUGGUGUGCAACGAGGACUACCCAUGUGAGGGCAUGAGUCGGCACGCCACCUUUGAGAACUUCGGCAUGGCGUUCCUCACCCUCUUCCAGGUCUCCACUGGUGACAACUGGAACGGCAUAAUGAAGGACACUCUUCGAGAAUGCCCGCCGGGCGAAUACACCUGUAAUCCCAGCCUACAAUUCAUCUCUCCGAUGUACUUUGUGAGCUUUGUGCUCACGGCCCAGUUUGUUCUCAUCAAUGUGGUCGUGGCAGUGCUGAUGAAACACCUAGAUGACUCCAACAAAGAAGCCCAGGAGGAGGCAGAGAUGGAUGCGGAGAUUGAACUGGAGCUGGCCCAGGGAACGCUCUGCUGCAUCGGAGGAGGCGGGUCUGGAGCAGAGAGGAGCAGUGGGGGGCAUCAAGGGGCUGGACCCUGCUCUACUCUUCCACCUCACUCCCCGAACACACACCCAGGUGCCCACGAGCCCAACAGCACCAGGAAACUCUACUCACCAGCCCAGGAGAACUUGUGGCUGGACAGUGUAUCGCUGCUUAUCAAAGAUUCAUUUGAAGGGGAGAUGCUGAUGAUUGACAACCUCUCUGGCUCCGUCUUCCAUCAUUACUCCUCCCCACCCAUCUGCAAGGACUGCAGGACUCAUCCGCAAGAGCAGAUCCACAUGGCUGAACUGGAGCAGGCAUCUCUGAGGUCGGAGCAGCUCUCAGAUAAGUCAUCCUCACCAGCGCUGCCUGAUGACCUCAGCCUGGACGAGCAGAGCGUGUACCAGAUGUCUGCCAAAGAGGGCAAGGAAAGGGGCUGUGAUGAGUGCCUAAACACUGAAGAACCUGGAGGGAGAGGUCACAGCAGGUUACGGCGACCCUCUCGGGUUCACAGCUCUGGGACAGAAGAGGGGGUGGCAGUGAAUGGAGCCAGUUCUCAAAGUCCACAUCACAACACACCUGCUCGUCACAGCAUAGGUGGAGUUCCCAGCAGUAAUCAGGAAUACCCAGGGGUUUCUGGAGCCUCAAGCCGUUCUACCACUCCCAUCCAUCUCAUUGCUGAAUUCUUCCACCCAGCUGCUGCGGCCCUCCCGGCACCCCCGAGAGGCCGACCGGGACACAAACCAAGAGGGCUCCGGCUAACUUCCCCAGCCUCAUGGGCAUCUCUACGCUCUCCUGGAGCAAACACCAGGCUGCUCACCACACAGUAUUCAUCUCACAGUGACUCCUCCCUGGCUACGGGCAGCUCAGAGAGCAGCCUACCAACCACCAUGGAAGAAGGGCUCAGUUUCACCACCCAGCCACUGCUGGACACACUCCUUGACGAUCGCUCCAGCCUCUCCACAAAGACCCUGAGACCCAGCCCUCCAGCCGCCCAGAACCUCCAAACUAUGAGGGGGCACCAGCGCAGCAAGAGCAGUUGUGAAAGGGACAUUAAUGCAGGAAGAACUCGGCAAGACUCCGAUGAGGAUGUAGGGAUGGUACGGUGCGGUUCUAACCAGACUUGCGACAGCCAACAGCUCUCCGAGACACCGAGCAGCCUGUCGCUCACAUCGCUGCUUCUGCCGAGCUCUCUAGCGCCCCCGUUUGUGAAAAAGUGCAACAGCACAGGUAGCUUAGACCAGGGGAUUCUCACAACCCAAGAAAAUGUGUUCAUAAAAGAGCCACAGGGUAAAAUCACCAGCCCCUGGAAAGAAAGGAAAGAAGGAAGAAGAGAGAGUCAGUCGGAGGCAGCACAAGGAAAAGACGGGGAAAGUACAAGCCAAAUAACAAUUGUGGGCUCUAGAAGAAAUAGAUGAAACUUUACCUAAUGUUAGUUAUUUCUAAGGCCCAAUACUCAAUCUCUGUUAUUUUUUUCAGGGAGCAGUUUGACAUGUGGCAUUCCAUCUUAAAGUCUUUCUCUCUCUAUCUCCCUGUUUUCAUUUGUGACCUGUUACCAUUUUGUAUUUGCUUGUGGUAAACGUCCGACAGGACUGGAGAGAAACUGGAGAGAGAGACCUGAGAGCAGUUUGGCCCCUUAGAGCAUGACUAGACAGAAGGGGACUGUUCAGACAGCUGCCUGAACAAUCAGGUCAAGAGACGACAUACAGUACAGGAAAAGCUUUCCAUAUGCUGGAAUGCUAGUUUUCUUAAAUGUUAGUUAAAAAGGGGAAAAAAAGAUAAACCCGAAAGUAUAUAUAGAGGAACUGAAAAGAUAAAGAGAUACAGAAAAAUAUACAGUAAAAGAUAUUUCUUCUCUAAAAGAGGGCAUGUUUGGUUUAAUGAUUUAAUGCAGUUACAUUACAAGGAAGAGUUUAGGAUUUUAACUCUUUCAGUAUACACAUACUUUUUUUACUGUUUUUUUCAUUCUCUUGUCAUUUAGUUUGUUUGUAUUUGUGUGUUUCUACGACAUUGAGGAGAGAGAACAGUGUUCCUCAUUCAACCUGAAGCAAAGCAUUCAUUUAGAGAGUGUCCAAACUUAAUGAGAAGAAGUCAGACAUCCAU